AUGCCUUCACCUCAGAACUUUCGUCGGCUGGUCUUAACAGCUGCCGUGACCUCGAUUACGAUUGCAGGGUCUUUAUAUGGAGCCGGACUGAAGACAAAAGAGGAGAUUGCUGAGACUCAGAAGAAACGUCAGGAGGCAACCUUCGAUGAACAAAUGACUGCUCUGCAGGGAAUGCGAUCGAACUUGACAGCCCGGAGAGGAAUGAUUGAGACACAGAUUCGGGACCUGGAGGCGAAAAUGGAAGAGAAGAAACGGCGAAGUGCAGAAGGGAGUGACAAGAGAGGCCGCAAGGCGGACGGUGAACGCAUUCUUGGCCUCGCCUACGAGGCGGAGCACUCAACGAUUGUCAAUAAACAAGGUCUCGACACCACCGACCUUGGUUGUUUAAACUGA